GUGACCGCGGUCAGCUGACUUCCAUCCGGGUCACGUGAGCUUGUUGCGGCGGUGAUGGCGGAGAGCGGAGUGCGCGCGCUGCUGCUCUGCGUCCUCGCGCCCUGCGUCCUGACGCGCGCGCCCAGAACCGAGUCCGAACCGAACCACCGGAACGUGUCCAUCAGUCUGAACCCUGGUUUUCCUGUGUCGCCUCCUGGUGGAGAUUUGUUGUACGUUCGUUCUGUUGGACCCAGUGAUUCUCUGCACUUCCUGUUCUGCAGCCAGGGGGCGCCCACCCUCCUGCUGGUCCACAGCAACAGCACCGACGCCACGGCCCGGGUGGACUGGCCCGUGUUCCUGGAGCGGAACUCGAGCGGCGGCGUGAGGGUGGAGCCUGAGAGCAGCGUCACCUACAGCAGCGCCCUGGUCUUCAGCACACUCUGGGAGUACGAGGACGUGAACGACACGGCAGAUCCUGGUCCAGAUCUGUUUCCUCCGUACGAGCUCCAGAACCUGACCUGGUCCAGACUCAACCUGUCCACCCUGAGCGCUCACCUGUGUGGAGCGUCCAGCAACGGAUCCAUCUGUCUGCAGCUGUCCGUCUUUGAGGACUGGGGGCGGAGUGAGCUUUGGCCCCGCCUCCUGCACAGCCCUGACUCCGCCCAGCUCAGGUUCUGGUUGGACGGUUUGGACUCGAGAUCCGCUCGCUCUCGUUUCCUGUUGGAGCUGAGGUCGGUGGGCGGAGCUCCGCCCGACGUCGUCCGCUCGAUUCGCUCCAUCGACGACGAGUUCACGCCGUCCAUCUUCACGGUUUCCCAGUGGCUCUUCAACGCCUCUGCCCCGGGCUCCGGUCCCGGUCCGGGUCUCGGUCCGGGUCUCGGUCCGGGUCUCGGUCCGGGUCUCGGUCCGGGUCCCGGUCCGAGUCCCGGCUUCGUGCAGUGGAAGCCCGUGGCGUACCGUAACGCUUCGGCGCGGCUGGAGGCGGCCACGCCCCUCAGACACUGGUCUCCGCGGCGACAGGACCCGGUCUCCACGGCGACCGCGUCCGGACUCGUCCUCGGUUUCUACGGCGACGACGCCCCGACGACGGCCGUCAACAUCAGCUUCGGUCUGAGCGGAGAACCCUUCUACAACAAGUACCUGAGCUGGACUCUGCUGGUGGGCGUGGGAGAUCCUCCUCUGGACUCGUUCUCGGUCCUGGUCUGGUCCGUUCUGGCCGUGGGACUCGGGACGCCGCUGCUGCUGCUGCUCGUGGGCGGAGUCUGGGUCUGCGCCCGCAAACUGUCUGACCCCGCCCCCUCCACCUACGAGCCAAUCAACUGAGAGGGGAGGAGCCAGGAAACAGGUUUUCUGGACGUCGUUUGAUUUCGACGUUUCUACAUUUUUAAUAAAAUCCAAAGUUCAGUGUAAAAAUGUUUUAAUAUGUGAAUAAAAAGAAUUUUGUACA